GAUUUCUACUCACGGGGGCGGCUUCUUUUUUCAUUCUACCUAAAAAAAAAACUCCCUAUUAAUAACACCAUCCAAACUAUAUACUAUAUACAUAUAUAUAGUCACUUUGUUACAUCAUUUUCUCCAUCUAACCAAAAAAAAAAAAAACUUAUCUUUGUUUGAUUGCUUUUUCUUUGAAAAAAGUAAGUAAUCUUUUAGAUGAUAAAAAUCAAAGAGUAUUACACUAUGGAAGUUCAUGAUGAUCGUGAUCAUGAUCAAGAUCAAGAUCAGCAGUUGAACAUGGUGAUCAAGAGAAGGCGGACUAAGAGACCUAGGCCUCCUUCUCCUCUAACUUUAGGGAUUACUACUAGCUCAUGUAGCACCGUGGAAGGUGCUAGUAGUGGUGAGUUGGUGGAUGGACACGUGGCAAACUCUUCGUCACGUUUGAAUAAUUGUGGUGGGAUGAUUGAUGAUAAGAUUGUCAGAAAUACGAAUCAAGAAGAAGAAGAUAUGGCGAAUUGUUUGAUUCUUUUAGCACAAGGUCAUAAUUACCAAAAGUCAUCGUCGUUGUCUCAAUCUCCAACAUUAGAUGUUUAUCAAUGCAAGACAUGCAAUCGUUCCUUCCCAUCUUUCCAAGCACUUGGUGGACACAGAGCAAGUCAUAAGAAACCAAAAAUCCUAGAUGAUCAAAUCAAGAAUUCGAAAUCAAGUGAUCAUCAUCAACAAGUUGAGAAUAAUAUUCGCCUUAAACUGAACAACAACGAUGAUCAUGUCACAACUCUAUCACUCCAAAUGCCGAGCAACAACAACAACAAUAACAACAAGAAUAAGAAUAGGGUUCACGAGUGCUCGAUUUGUGGGGCCGAGUUCACCUCGGGUCAAGCAUUAGGUGGACACAUGAGAAGACAUAGGCCAUUACCAAAUAGUAUUGCAAUUGCAUCAAAUCAUCAUAUCCAUGAAGAGUCUGACUCUCAUCAUCAUGAUCAACAAAUCAAGAACAACACAAGGACAUUUUUGUCAUUGGACCUUAAUCUCCCGGCGCCGGAAGACGAUCACCGGCCGGAAAAUUCUAAAUUCACCUUUGCUACAAAAGAACAAGUCAUUGUCUUCUCAGCUUCACCUUUGGUUGAUUGCCAUUACUAAAUCAUCAAAAACACUCCCUUUAUUUUUAUUUUUAUUUUUUUAAUCUUGAAUUAUUUAAUUUUCAAACCAUUGACAAUUGUGAAUUAUAAAUUGUUAACAUUUAUUUUUAAUAUUAAUAAAAUAUAUUAUUUGAUGAUUUA